AUGGCAGAAGCUAGGUUUUCAGAAAUUAAAAGAGCCCGAAUAAGUUUGUCACUCAGUAAAAAUAAGAAAAAAAAAGGAACAACAAAAAAAGUGGAAGGUAAAGGAACACCAUCUAUACCUUCAGCAGCCUCCUCUAUUAUUUCCUUUUUUAACAAUGUUCCCCCUGCCAAGAUUACCUGUCCCGUGUGUGGGCAAAUGGUGCCAAGAUAUGGAAUAAAGAAGCACAUGGAUGAAACAUGUCAGAGAAGCCCUGGUGAGAUAGGCAUCGUUGAUUCAACACUCAACUCUUUAAGGAAUGAGAGUCCCCCAGCUGCAAAUGUGAACAAUAAUUCCAGCUCAUAUUUUUCAAAAAGACUCUUAAAUCUAGAAACAAGUCCUUUCAAAAGCAGUUUAUUGAAAACAGGAGGGAGUGCAGCACAACAGAUUAGUCCUUAUUUUAGCAAUAAUAGUUCAGUCUGUAGUGUUAACAAUGAACCACAGGCUCAAACAGUUAAAGUAGUCUCUUUGGGAAGCUUGUCAUCUAAACUGUCCAGAAGACGACAUACCCAGGGAGGAAAACAGAUCGUGUAUAAAGAGAUUGACUCUUCACCUCCAGCUGUUCACAAUGUCUGCAAAAGUGUUGCAGCACAGGAUGAUGAUGAUGAGAUUUACGUUGGGUGUAGUUCUCAGAAAGAAAAUCAGCUUGUGCAGAGAGAGUGCCAGGAACGAAAUUUUUCAAAGAAGGAACUUGAAUUUCAAGAAGAAACAAACAAAUGUAAUGGAGAAGACCUUGUGGAUAUUGUUCAGGUAUCAUUACCAGCUGAUAACAGUAAUGGCAAAAGGUUACCAAUUGGUACAAGGAGCAUCAAAACAGAAUGUAGGUCUGAAGGUGUGAUACUUAGUCCUGGUAAAUUUGAAACACAUCUAGCCAUUUAUACUUCAGGAGAGCUGACCAAUAGCUUGGAAGUCAAGACUCAGCCUUACACUCAGGUUAUUCCUUCUUCCAAGAUGAAAGUGAGCUGUGGUACACAAAAUUGCUUUAGCAAGGGUGAUGAAGAGGUACUUCCUGUGGAAGUUCAUGAAGACUUUAAAGAUGAGAUUAAUCAUACUUUGUCAGAAACUGUGGAAAAGGUAGAAUUUCAAAGUUCCAUUGGGGACAUUUUAGGCAAAAUAAAUGAGGUUAGCUCUGUGCCCAGCGGUCCUGGUCACCCAUAUUACCUCCAGAAUUUUUUAGUAGUGCUGCAAGCGGUCUUGGAGAACAAAGAUGAUGUCAGACUCUUUGACGAGCAAGACAUGAACAUCAUAACCAAGUUCUGCAAAUUAUCAG